UCUAUUAUUUUUGUGAAUGUUAUGCGAUCAACUGAUUAUUUCGCUUUCCCCUUUGCUUCGUUUCUGCUAUAUUUUGCUCGUCCACCUGCUCGGUGCGGCUCAUUCACCAGCGGCUUUUCGACCUUGCUCACAUUAUUCUUCAAGAUCGAUGCCCACAUCACAAUUACACCACAUCGACAACGUCGUGUACGAGUUGCCACUCGACAAUACCGUGCCCCAGAGCUUCUCUUUGGUAGCCGGCGAUACACUCCAUCUGUCGAUAUUUGGGCUCUUGGAUGUAUUCUAGCGGAAUUCGUGAAUGCCUCAGCACUUUUCCCAGGUCAUAGCGAUUUGGAACAGAUUUCGCGAAUUUUCUCGGUUCUGGGAACUCCGUCAGAGGAGACGUGGCCAUCGUGGAACACAAUGCCAGAUGCAACAAAACUUAUUUUUGACAAUAUGGCUCCGGUGGAGGACGUGCGAAUUAUCGGUACGUAUCGUUUUUCAAUCUAUUUGGAUUUCGUUACCAACAUCUGA